AACAUAGAUAAAUAAAAAUGAAAAUAAAAAAAACUACCAACUACUAACUAAAUAAUAAAUGCUCAUUAAUAUUGCAUUGUUUACUUCAUGAUAUGUGUAUUUUUUUUCUCUCACUACACGAUGAUUUAGAAUUUCUCUCUCUAAGCGUAGUCCAUAUAUUUAAAUGUCUAUGGUUUGAAACGUUUUUAUGGUUGAAAUCAUGGUUAUAUAUAUCUACAACUGUGGCUGAAAUUCGGAAGCGGCCAUCACGUUUCUACCUUCUACUAUCAACCAUAUAUAAGAAAUAUUCCUCUAUCCGUAAUUCGUAUGUCUACGCCCAAUUCUGCGGUGACUGAUUUGCCGUUUGACCUCAUCUUAAUUUCUCAUUGAUUUCUAUGGCGCGUCUCGAUCUCCGAUCUCGUUUAGUUUUCUAACUAAACACAUUAAACAAGUACACAACAGUACAACACACUCGUUGAUAAGAUGACUUCUAUUGUAUAAGCCCAGCGACUAGUGAGUAUUAAAAUUUAUUAGUAGUCUAACUACCUAAUUUUAUAAUAUAAAUAGGUUUAUAAUAAGCAUAAUAGGAUCUAGUGUGGUUAAUUUAAAAUCAAGACAUGUCAAUAAUGCUUAUUGAACCACGUUUGAUUAUAAUAUACAUUUGAGCCUUGAUAGACCAGGAGUUGUUUUACAAGAAAAACUUACGUAUUUAAAUGAAACGGAUGUUUAUUUUUCCGCCACCUUUAAUUAUUGCACUUUAAAUUACAAACAUAAUAAAUUGCAAACAAAUGAAUGAUAACAGAAUUAACGUAUAGUAGUCGUGUCAUUUUUUUGUCUGAAUAAUACUUUUAAUUUUCCAUUUAAAAGCGCGUUAUCUUAUUCGAAGUACCUACUGAUCUUUUGCCUAUUGCAAAACAGUAUUCAGUGCAUUCACCUUUUUUGAAGGGAAAAUUUUACUUUUGCUGAUAAACACUUUCGUCCUCGUCGUAAAUGUCAUCUUGCUGCGAUUUAUAUGAUUUGAUUAUCAGUAAUGAGUUCAUAAUUCGCUAAAUCUUUGUCUGUGUCACUUGCUUGAGAAUCAAACAUUUAAUUCGAACAUAUUUCUUAUAUCUGAUUAUUGAGAGUAAAAAUUUGAAUGUAAUUGAUUUGAGCAAGAUUUUAAUUUAUUGCUACCAGUACAGAAAGUUAUACAAUUAUUAUUAUUGAACGUAGGUAAUACAAAUGACAAUAAUAAUAUUAUCUAUAUAAAUAUUUCAUAGAUUAAUUAGGGGUCCUAAGAAGGAAAGUUUUUUUAAUUUUUUCGUUUUUAUUUAACAACCUAAAAUAUCGUUUUUGGUUUAUGUGUUUAACAAGUUGACUGCCAUGGUAUUUUUAUAGAGCUAUAAUACAAAUCACGUGAGUACCAAUUAUGGUACUCAUGGCAGUCAACUUGUUAAAAACGUUUUCGGUGUUUUACACAUGUGUAUAAACUAGAUUUAUACCGUGAUAUUUUUAAAUUAUUAAUUUUUAAUUAAAAAUUAAUAAUCACUUAAUGUACAUAUUAUUAUAAUAUAAUACAUUAUAUAAAAAUAAAAAUUUUGUUUUAUUUAUGUCAUUAUCAAGUUUGAGUCGCUAAAACCAAGGUGGAUUAAUCCACCUUAACUAAAACUAGAGAGUGUAAAUAAUAAUUAUCUAUAAUAAUAAUAUUAUCUAUACUCUCCAACUGAAACAAUGUGGACACAUAUCUACUUUGAGUAUUAUCUAUAAUAUCAAUAAUUCAACUUAAUAAUAAUCAUAGCUUUCUUGGACAGCUUGGUUAUUAAAACUGUCAACCAUCAGUUAUUUGGAUUAUCACUUUUUCAAUAAUAGAAUUAUUAUUAUUUAUUAUUUAGGCAAAAACUAUUUUGUAUAAUUAUAUCUAUUGUGGUAUAAUUUUUUCUUGUUUUUGUUUUACUGUUUUUUUUUUUCGACUUAAUGUAUAACGUUUUCAUCCUUGGUUCUGUGAAUUCUGGAAAGAAUUACCUAUGUACGGAUUACCGCUUUUACUGAAUUAUUAGGUAUCCAGACUAUUGAGGCUCUACUAAACCACUGAUACAGUACAAUUUAUUUUGAUAAGCAAUUUGAUAUUUUGAGAUUACCUAUGUUCAAAAAAUUGAUAUUUGAAAAUACCACUAUUAUUAUUUUGUGUUUGUAAUUUAUUUACCAUUUAUCACAAAUCUAUAAAAACAUAUUAAUAUUUUUAUUUGCUCCAAUAGUUAAUAUUAUAAUUUAUUUGGUGGUGCCAUUGAAAUUGGCUUUUUACCAUAUAAAUUAGAUAGUAUAUAAAUGUUUAAAUUGAAAAUUUACAAUAGAUAGGUGAUAGCAAAAAUAAAAUUAUAUAAAAUGUACAGUAGUCAACAAUUAAGAAAACUUUCAAAUUUUAUUUCCAAUUAAUUAACUUAACCCUACAUAUUAUCAAUGAAAUACAGUAGUAGAUGUAUUAUGUUAUAGAUUGUGAUAUUAUAGUAAUACAAAAAAAAAAAUGAAUAUGUAUAUGGUUUUUCGUACAUUAUUUUUUCAAUCUUUUAUUUGGGUUCCUAAUAGAAUCACACUUUAAAUAGGUACAUAGUAUAUUUUUCAAAUAAGAACCCCUCCUUUUAAACAGAUUAUAUAGAGAAUAUUUGUCUAGAAAUUUUGAUAUGCAUAACACUAAUAUCAGAUUUACCAUUUAUGAGUUACAAUAGUUUAAAGACCGGAGGAGCAGGGAAGGGUAAUAAAUUGCCCAUCUAUGACUCUUUUCUACUCCUCCGGUCUUUAAACUAUUGUAACUCAUAAAUGAUAAAUCUGAUAUUAGUGUUAUGCAUAUCAAAAUUUCUAGACAAAUAUUCUCUAUAUAAUCUGUGUUUAAAAGGAGGUGUUUUUAUUUGAAAAUCAAAAGUAUGCACUUCUUUAAGGUAUAUAUAUGAAGUAGGGGUAAAAUAUUAAAAAUAGUUUUAAAAUAAAGCUUAAAUGAUUCCAUAAGGAUUAGAAAAAAAAAACAGAAAUCAAAUUCACUUAAAAUCCUCUGAGAUAAUUGCUGGUUCAUAAUAAAAAAAAGUCCUGUAUUAUAAUCUACAAACAUUUACCUAUUUAUCAUCUUAAUAUUAGUCAAGAAACUGUAUAAAUAUUUUUAUAUAAUUGUUAUUUAUUUUUACAUUUUAAAAUUAUUUUUACAAUUUUCUAUCUAAAUUGAAAAAACAAAAAAUUAAAUACCUAUUGGGUAGUGUUUUGUUUUCACAGAUAGUAAAGGAUAGAUACAGGAUUAAAGAAUAAAUAUUUUUAAAGUUUAAAAUUUUAUUUACUCCUCAGUAAAUAGUUCAUAUGUUUUAUUAAUUAAAGUAUUGUUUCAGAUUUAGAUUAUAAAAAUGUCAGAAGACAAGUUUGAUAUUAACAAAGGCAAAACAAGUAAUCCUCGAAAGAAAUUAAAAGUAUUACAUACAAAUGUAGAUAGUUUAUUUGGAGAGGAAAAACCUAUAAGUAAGAGUUUUCAGUUAUCUAAAGAAGAACCUUCACAUGAAAAUAGUGAGUUAUUAAAAGAGAAACUAGUUGAAAAAGAAAAAAGUUGUGAUUCAAUUGACAAAAGUUGUAUAAAUAAUGAUAAUAUUAACAAAACUAACCAAUCCUUAAAUUUCAAUAAAGAACAUUCAAAUACAAAUCAGUUUGUGGAUCCAGAAUUGACAAUUUCAGAUCAUGAUUCUAAUGUUGAACAAAAUGAUGAUGAUGAUGAUUAUGAUGAUGAUGAUAGUGACAAUUACAUAGAAUUUUCAGAUAGUGAUUUUGAAUUAGAAAAAAAUAGUCAUGAAAUAAAUGAUAUUUCAAAUUCAAAUGAAAAUAUUUUUGAAGAUUCUCCCAAAGCCAACACCGAUAUUAAUGAAAUUCGUGGUAAUAUAUUUAUAGAUGAUGAAGAAAUUGAUGACUUAUUGGAUAAAGCAUAUCAAGAGAAAAAAAAUGAAAAUAAAACUACAAAAAAAACUGUCUCUAAAGAUGAUUUUAAAGAAUAUGAAAAAACCGUGUUAGAAGAAGUAUGUAUAAAUCAUUUUGAUAUUUUGCCUGAAAAUUGGAUUGAAGCAACUCAUAAGAGUGGUAUGCCUAUAUAUUUACACAAGAAAACUAGAGUUGUGACCUUAGCAAGGCCAUAUUUUUUGGGACCUGGGGAUCCUGCAUUACACUUAGCACCAUUGUCUGCAAUAACUUGUUUACAAUACAAAAAAGGUCUUGAAAAUAAAGAAAGCAUAAAAAAUGAACCUGAUUUUCAGAUAAGUAAACAAGGCAAUAUGAUUAUUCCAAAUGCUAAAGUUGAAACUGCUCAGGAAAAUAUUAUUAAAGAAUCUUUAACACAUGAAGAAUUUCGAGAAUAUUGCCAAUUAUUAUUUAAGUGAGUAUUUAUACAAUUUUAUUUAUUUUUAUGAUUAAUUUAAAUUAAAUAUUUCAACUUUAGGUUUAAAAAAGUAAAAGCUCCUUUAGAACAAAAUGCUCAACCACAACCUACAAGUUCAGAAAAUUCACCUGCACAAAACAAUACAAAAGAAAGACCUUCACUUCCGGAUAGUACUAAAUUAAUAUCAUUUCCUGUUCAAAGCGAGGACCAUGAUAAACGAUGUAGCCGCCGUCGAGAAUGGAUAAUGAAUCCAAAUGGUAAAAGUUAUGUAAGUAUUUUACAUGAAUAUUUACAACAGGCAUUGAAAACCCAACCAUGGUAUGAUUUUAAAGAAUCAGAAAAUUCAGAAACUCCUUAUUCUGCUACUGUUAUCCUUAACGAUGUUAAAUAUGGUGUUGGUUUCGGUAAUAGUAAAAAACAAGCAAAACUGAAUGCUGCCCGCGCUACAUUAGAUAUUCUCAUACCAGAAAUGAAAAACCAAAUAGAUUCAGAUCAAAAAAACCAACGUGAUCCAGUGAUAUUUGAUCAAAUUAAAGUCACUGAUCCUAGAGUUACUGAAUUUUGUGCUAAAACCACAGAACCUAGUCCAUAUGCCAUGUUAUUAGUGUGUUUGCAAAGGAAUUUUGGAGAAUGUGAGGUAAAAAUUGAUUAUAAAUUGAACAAUCGUCGAAGGAUGUUAAAUCAAUGCACAAUGACGGUUGGUAAACAUACUGCUUCUGUUGCUUGUAAAAAUAAAAGAGACGGUAAACAAAAAGCUUCUCAAGUAAUAUUGGGCCAAUUACAUCCACACAUUGACAAUUGGGGUUCAUUGUUGCGGUUGUACGGUAACCGAAGCAUAAAAAAUGCUAAAGAAAAAAAACAAGAAGAGCAAGAAAUUACUCAGCUCCAAAGUAAAGCAGCUGCAAAUCAACCAAAUUUGGCCAUAUUAAAUAAACUUAAAGAAGAAAUGUUAAAGGCCCAUAGCAAACAUAAACUAAAUAACUCUAAUGCUUACUCAAUGCUAACUACAUGCCCAUAUACCAUUAAAAUACCAAGUCCACACUCCGCAUCUAACAGUAAUUAGUUUAAUAAUUUAUAUUAUUUUUGACUUAGAAUUUUAGAAGUAUUAACUUUAUUAUCUAUGCAAUUGAAUUUAAUAUGAACUAAUAAUAUAUAAUUACUUAAUGAAAGACAUCUAUAUUGUUGUUCAAUAAGUAAUACAUAGUAUCAGUCAUAGAUAGAUCUUAGAUUAAAUUAAUUUUAAUUUUUUUUAAUUAGGUCAGAUUAUUAUCAAUUAAAUUUUGUAAAUAAAAUAGACUUGCACUUUAUUGUGUCUAAUAUAAAUUGUAUCAGUAGAUAUUCCAAGCGGCUUCUUAUCAACUAUGAUCUCAAAAUCUAGAAUUAGAGUUGUUUUAUUAAUAGAUUGAAAUAAUAAAUGUUAGGUUAAAUUUCAAUAUGAAUGGUAGCAUUUUGUAAUGGGAGGAUAUAUUUUUUUAAACAUUUUUACACCCUUUUAUAGACACCCCAAAUAAAGCACUAGAGGUUAAAUUUUGUUUAUGUAUUGCAUUAGUAUCAAGAAUGUCUUAGUAGUUUUAACUUUCAAUUGCUUUAUUUUUUUUUUGUUUUUUGAAAGUAGUAUAGGUAGUUUUAUUGUAGUAUUAUUCAUACUACAGUUUUUUUAUUGUUUUACAAAGAAUAUUUUUAUUAAAAAUUAAGUGUGAACAUUUUGAUCUCUUUUGCUUACUUUUAAAUUUAAUUUAUAUCUGAAAUAAUUUUUUUAUACAUCUUUUAUUUUAUAAUUUAAAUUUGUUAAUAACUGUAAUACUCAUAGGUACCCGAUUAUUUGGGUGCUAUGAAGACCAUUAAAUUUAUGCUAGUCAACAAAAUUAUAAUUUUUUUUUUUUUUAAUUGUAUUCAAAAAUAAAAAUAUCUGUAUUAACUUUGUUUUUAUCUCAUUAUAAAUUUUAAGUUUGUGUUCUAUAAUAAUAUUAUAGUAAAAAAUAUCACCUCUUAUUGUAACUCCACUACAAACGGGUUUACACCUGCGAGGAUAAGUAAAUAAGCAUUUAUCAACAUAAUAUAUUAUUGAAUUUGAGGUUUUUUUUUUAAUUCAUCAGAAUUACGCAAAAAUGAUCCUAAAAACAGAAAAUGACCAAAGGUACCAUAGGUGGAAUUAGAUAUUUUCAUUAGACUAAUUAUCUUUUCUCAAUCAAUUCAUAUAUAUAUUUAAAUGGUGUGGAAAAUUCAUUGAUA